AUGAUCACCCGGCGUCGAUACGCCACAUAUGCCGCCAGCGCAAUUCUCACGCUUCUGGUCAUAUGGCAUUUCCAAGACGGACUCACAUCUCGAAUCCGACAUGACAGUACCUUUCAACUCCCCCAGAAGCAUACGGACGGUCGUUUCCAUUGGGACAAUGUUCCUGUUCAUUUCCCAGUGAGAGAAAUUCAAUCGAUACCCAGCACCAAGCCGAAGAAGCUCCCGAAAGUGCAAUUUGACUUUGCAAUCGAGACCGCGGAACAUGCUGCUAUCAGAAGAAAGCGACAACACGCUGUCAAGGCGACCUUUGAGCGAUGCUGGAAAUCGUAUAGACGUCACGCGUGGAUGCACGAUGAGCUGACGCCGAUUCAUGCGGGUUAUGGUCAGGGCUUCGGUGGCUGGGCUGCCACUUUGGUGGACAAUCUGGAUACGUUAUGGAUCAUGGGACUCAAAGACGAGUUCGAGGAAGCCGUCACAGCCAGUAUGGACAUCGAUCUGGGAACGUCGACCACAGAGACCGUCAAUGUGUUUGAGACUACGAUUCGACAUCUGGGCGGCUUCCUCGCUGCUUACGACCUCAGCGCUGACAAGCGCUUGUUGGAAAGGGCCAAGGACUUCGGCGAGAUGCUUCUCAAGGCCUUCGACACACCCAAUAGGAUGCCCAUCACUCGAUGGAAGCCUCAAGCAGCUCUCAAUGGACCUCAAGAGGCCGAUCCUGUGGUUCUAGUCGCCGAGAUUGGAUCUCUCACGAUGGAGUUCACCCAUCUAUCCCAAGUCACCGGCGACAUGAGAUGGUACGACGCCACGCAUCGGAUCAUGAAGCUAUUCGCAGCACAACAAGACGAUACUCAUCUGCCCGGAAUGUUCCCUGUCAGCGUGAACGGCCGGGACUCCGACUUUACAGCAGACACAUUCUUCACGCUGGGAGCCAUGUCCGACAGUCUGUACGAGUACUUCCCAAAAAUGCACGCUCUACUCGGUGGCAUUGAUGAGAUGUACUCCAAGCUCUACACCAAAAGCAUGAAGACAGCCAUCAAAUACAACCUCUGGAAGCCAAUGACACCCGAAAACGCCGACAUCCUCAUGUCCGGCAGCGUCCGCGUAGAAAUGGGUAGUCCACCUCAACUCGAAGCUCAAGGCCAACACCUUGUCUGCUUCGCCGGCGGCAUGUUCGCGCUGGGCGGAAAACUCUUCCAACAAUCCGACCACCUCGAAAUCGCCCAGAAACUCACCCAAGGCUGCAUCUACACCUACCGCGCCCUCCCCAUGGGCAUCAUGCCCGAAAUAUUCUCCAUGACCCCGUGCGACUCCAAAGACUCCCCCUGCCCCUGGGACGAGUCCAAAUGGCGCGCCGAAAUCGCCUCCACCAUCCACUCCGACCCGGACUCCUCUCCCUCCAUCGACGAGCUCAUCGCGCACCACCGUCUCCCGAAAGGUUUCACCUCCAUCGGCGACCGACGGUACAUCCUCCGCCCGGAAGCCAUCGAGUCGGUCUUCAUCCUCUACCGCACCACCGGCGAUCCCAGUCUGCUCGACGCAGCGUGGGAGAUGUUCCAGUCGAUCGUCAAUGCGACGACCACGCCGCUGGGUAAUGCUGCGUUGGAGGAUGUGACGUUCUCGCAGGCGGAGUUGGAUGAGCAAGGGAGGGAUGUCAGAAUGGAUAGUAUGGAGAGUUUCUGGACGGCGGAGACGUUGAAGUAUUUUUACUUGGUGUUUUCGGAGCCGGAUGUGGUGAGUUUGGAUCAGUGGGUUUUCAAUACCGAGGCGCAUGCGUUUCGGAGGGCGGGGACGUGA